CCACUACGGCACUACCCCAUCCCCGGUGCGGCGCCACCUUCCCGGCUUCCCCUUCCGACCUCCCCCCUCUCGUCACUUAUGGUGCCCAGCCGCUCGCUGCGCAACUACUAGCGCACCGUCCCCUCCUCAGCCAUGGCCGCGGCGUCGUUCGCCCGCGCCUUAUGUCUCCACAUGCUCCUCCUCUUCCUCGUGGUUGGCUCGGCGCGCUGCAAGACGGUGAAGAGAGACGUGAAAGCAUUGAAUGAGAUCAAAUCUUCACUAGGCUGGAGAGUUGUAUACUCAUGGGUCGGUGAUGAUCCUUGUGGGCAUGGUGAUCUACCCCCCUGGUCUGGUGUGACAUGUUCUCAGCAAGGGGAUUACAGAGUUGUGACGGAACUGGAAGUCUAUGCUGUAUCAAUAGUUGGCCCUUUCCCAACAGCAGUAACUAACCUGUUGGAUCUAAGAAGAUUGGAUCUCCACAAUAACAAGUUGACAGGACCAAUUCCCCCACAGAUUGGACGGUUGAAACAUCUCAGGAUAUUGAACCUGAGGUGGAAUAAGCUUCAAGAUGUGCUUCCACCUGAAAUUGGUGAACUGAAGAAACUGACACACUUGUAUUUGAGCUUCAACAACUUCAAAGGCGAGAUUCCAGUGGAGCUUGCAAACCUGCCAGAACUCCGUUACCUUUAUCUUCACGAGAACCGCUUCACCGGGCGAAUCCCCCCUGAACUUGGAACGCUAAAGAACCUACGUCACCUCGACGUGGGCAACAACCACCUGACAGGCACUCUCAGGGAUUUUAUCGGCAACGGGAACGGCUUCCCGUCCCUGAGAAAUCUAUACCUUAACAACAAUGAGCUGACUGGUGUGCUGCCAGACCAGAUUGCAAACCUGACAAACCUUGAGAUUCUGCACUUGUCCAAUAACAAGAUGAUCGGGUCGAUAUCGCCUAAGCUAGUUCACAUUCCAAGGCUGAUCUACUUGUACUUGGACAAUAACAACUUCAUUGGGAGGAUACCGGAAGGGUUGUACAGGCAUCCAUUUCUGAAGGAGCUGUACAUCGAAGGAAACCACUUCAGACCAGGAACCAGAUCGAAGGGAACGCACAAGGUGCUGGAACUGCCUGACGCCGACAUUCUAGUCUAGCAAGCUCGUUUAGGGGACCUGAGGUCUUGGCGUCCUGCAGUAGUAGACUGCUGCCGGUACCAGGAUCACUUCUGUCUGUCGCUGUACUAUUCCGUGGCAAAACUACAGUUGAGAAAAAAAAAUUCUCUUGGAAAAAAAAGAGGCAAAAAAAAGUGAAUAGUAGAGGCCACGGUCACACUGCCGUCAUCGUUAGAUGAGCCAUGAGUGUACAGGUUGUAUUGUUCUGCCCUGCAUCUUCGCUGUAUGAUGGAGAUGCCGGUCAGAUGUAAAGCCAGCACAUCGCAUGGCACCGACAGUCCUGGUACAACUAGUGGCCAAUGAUAUGGCCUUUUUCGGAAGC